AUGCACGCCGCCGGCUUUGGUCAUGUCGACUGGACCGAUGGAAACACGUCGGCCAAUGCGUACCAGAAGGUUAUCAUGGCCAUGGCUUCAGGCGACCAGGGUCCACGGCUAUCAAAGUCAUCAGCCCCAACAAAGGUGACAGGGGUUGACGAUGGUGCGCGGACAACGGAGGCAGAGAGACUGGUGCAGCAAUAUGCCAGUGGCUGGGCCACGCCGCAAUUGCUUCGCUUUAAGGCAAAGAUGCAAGACAACGACAGAGCACCCAACCGUAUUGUGCAAAAGUUGGCGGAAAAUCCCUCCGUGGCCCAGGUCGUAUGCGUCAACCGCGAGUCCAUCAGCGUGUCUGCCCUCAAACAACAGCAAGACGCUUUCCAGGAAAGGAACAUUAUGUUGAAACCCGCAGCCCGCGCGAAACUUCGUGUACUGGCAACAGACACGGCCAAGCCGUAA